AUGCGUCCUCUUCUUCUGCUCCUUCAAAUCUCAAUUCUCCAUUUUGCCACUGCUCAAUACUACCCCUUCACCCUAAGCCUCAAAGAGCAACCAUCAGAAGAAAAUGACCAAAACCAGAAAUUCCUCUUGUUCGACACCAAAAUGACAUGCGGUGACUCGGAUUGUGUCUACGCGAUUACUGUUUCAAAUUUUGGCUUUUAUCAGAUACUAGUGAACAACAGGCAAUGCCCCAGUAACAUAUGCGAAGGCAGAUUCUUCCGUCACCAAACUGUCAAUGUCACUGUCUACAAGUCAUCCGGAGAGUAUAUUAAACUAUUCGAUUUGACAUUCGAUGCAGAGCCGAAUAUCGUGGUUUUAGGAUGUGAGAAGGGAUAUGUCACUGAUAAAUCAUGCACAAAAAUUUCUGAGACUGUAUUAAAAGUUGGUGGUGUUGAGGAUUCGUACUACGAUGAAGUGUGUGUCUGUUCGCAGACAUCGGAUACAUGUGAUAAGAAAACGCCGGAAGGAACAUGCACAAUCGGAAAAACGAAAUGGUGGGACUCUAUCAGAGACUCCUCCUCCCCCACCACUUCACUCGCGACCACAACAUCACCUAGCGCAUGGUCUUAUCCCAUAGAUGAUAUCACCGUGUCGUUCCAAGAGACACUGACGAAUAGUGGACCGAGCAAUAUCCAAGAUGUCAUAGUGACGGCCUACUUGAAUUGUACAAUUGUCAACUGUUACUAUAAGACUACCGUCAUUAAUAAUAACCCGAGUAAUUAUACGGUUUAUGUGGGGAAUGACGAAUGCUCCCAACCCACAUGCGCCGGAAACUUCCUCAUUGGUCACUCCGCUGCAGUUAUAAUCCAACGAGUUGGUCACCCAAAAGCCGUAGAAAUUCUAACCUAUCAAUGGAAAGACCUAUUCCACAAUCCACAAAUCUUAGUACUAGGUUGUGACGCUGGCCUAGUUCUUGUGGAUACAUGUCAGCAAAUCUAUAAUCAACCUCUAGUAGACAACCAGUAUUACAAUGAUGUUGUAUGCAGUUGUCAGGGAAAGACAGCGAUGUGCAAAGAUACCUCUCCGGUUUCUAUGUGUGUAGACGGAUCCCUAGUCUGGUGGGUAGACCACGUGGACCCUCACUCGACGUUUCCCACACAAAGCACUCUGGCUACUACUACUACUACCACAUUACCACCUGAGAACCCGAAUGUUUUCGAUUUGACUUUUUUCCUAUUUGAAGGAGUUUAUGGUGGAAAUCCGGAUGAAGAUAACAAUGUGACUGUCACUCUAGCGAUGAACUGUUCGGAUACAGCGUGCCAGUAUACUGUAAGGAUAGUAGACUACGCACAGACUUAUUAUACAGUGAGAGUCAAUGGGAAGGAAUGCCCCGGCUCCGUGUGCUCAGACUCAUUCCUCCAAAGCUAUCACGUCCCAGUCACCGUCACUCGUGUCUCAGAACAACUGACCUUGUUUGAUAUGGAAUUUGUAGAAUUCCCUAAUGUGAAAGUGCUCGGGUGCACCUACGGAAUGUUUAAAUACGGGAAGUGCAGGAGUGCCCAGUACUAUGAUACAGUUAUCCAGAGAGAUGAUCAUAUGUGCAUUUGUCAGAAUAGUGAGAUGCAAUGCGAUGGGGGCACUCAUCCGGGGAUAUGCUCUGACGACAACCCUACCUGGUGGCAACCUAUCCUAACAUUAUCUUCCACAUCUACAGUAUCCACAUCUACAGUAUCCACGUCUACAGUACUCACCACCACGCCCACUCCAUACUCGAUAUCAUUCGAUGUGAAUCUACACGAAACUGUUAAAGCAGGCACCGAAAGCAUCACUAUCCAUACCAAUAUGGUUUGCUCCGACUCGGCGUGCUCCUUCCACACUACCAUAGUCAACAGUAACCCAGAGUAUUUUGGGAUUUCAGUAGAUACUUUUGAGAACUGCGACGAAUCAUGCGAGGGAUCGUUCACAGAUUCAGAAGAGAGACACGCUCAUGUCUACAGACUUGGCGGGGAAAUGCUGGAAGUGUUCGCGCUGAAAUUCCAGGAUGUCGUGGUGUUGAAUUGCACACAAGGGUGGCUGAUUCCAGGAAAGUGCAUUUUGGCGUUGAAUGGGAACGAUGAAGUUUGUACGUGUCGAGAUGUAGCGAGUUAUUGUGACGAUGUGAAGCAGAGUACGUCGUGCUCCUCCGGCACUCCUACCUGGUGGCAACCCGACCCUCGCUUCACUCAUUCCUCCUCUACUGAACCAUCCACCUCCGUUGCCACAACUACUCCCCCCUCCCCAUCCAACCAAUACACCACUGUCAAAGUGACCCUUAACGAGGAGCUCUCAAAUACUCAAGAUCACAAAAUAGUGAUGGUGACCGCCGCAAUGAAUUGCACCACCAAAAACAUUUGUAAUUAUGGAGCCACGGUGGAUAACCAGAACCCGGACUAUUAUACUGUGCUGGAGAAUGGAUUACAAUUUGUAUCCCCACUCCAUGUCACCCUGAAAUAUGGCGACCCAGCUGUGAUCAUUUCAGUUCACAGACUCCAAGAGCACCUGGAUUUUAUAGAAUUCCAAGUGACAGAUGAUGGGCCUCAACUCCUGGUUAUGGGGUGUCAAUCUAUGCAAAAUGAUGGGAGUGGCUUGAUAGACACCACUGGAAAUUGUCUUCAUAUUUUUAAAACUUCUUACAACGGUGGAUUCUAUUACAUUGAUGAUGUAUGUCUGUGCAAAGGGGAUGCGGAUAAUUGUGAUGACACGGCGGCGGUGGGGAAGUGCUCAAGUGGAGCAGUGACAUGGUGGGAGAAGGAUCAGUCUACAUCACUGGCCACAACUACCGUAACCACAACAACGGGGCCCACUACUACAGCAACCACCACCACCACAACGCCCACCACUACAACUACAGUAACCACUACAACUACCGCUACAACUACAACAACGCCUAAGCCCACUACCACCACCACUUACGACCUGCUGAACAAGUUCUCCUUCGAAAUAUCUCUAGCAGAGGGAAGAAACAACAAAAAGCACCAAGUAACGAUCUCAUCGGAUAUGUCUUGUACAGUAGCCGACUGUAGUUACUCGAUAAAAGUUGAGAACUCUGCGGAGGCGUGGUUUAAAGUGUACGUGGCAAAUGAACCGUGUCAAAACAAAAAGUGUUCGGGAUCUUUCAUGAAAUCCUCUAGCGUGAAUGUCACCGUCUAUCGGGAGGAUCAAAUUCUAGAUCUAUUCGAUUUCGAGUUCACAGACACCCCAAGAAUCGUAGUACUUGGUUGUGAAGAUGGCCUCUCAGAGUUUGGGAACUGUAUCCGGAUAAGCGAAGUGACAAAAAUCGAAGGAGAAGACUAUGUGGAUGAAGUGUGCAGUUGUAGAAGUGCCCAGGUGGAUUGUAAGAUUGGAAAGGGCGGGGUUUGUACGAAAGGAGCGCAGAAAUGGUGGAAAGAUGUUGUUGGAUCAUCGUCUACUACGGUAGUGACAACUGAUAUGGGAACGUCUAGUAGUACGGUCACACCAACUACACCUGCGACUAUGCCGUCGUUGCAGGAUUUGUCAGAUGGCGGUGUCGGUCUCAACAACGUGACGCAGGUGCUCAACGACACCAACCACUACUCCCAACAAGGUCCCGCUCUCAAUCGAACCCAAAUCUUUGACAUUACAAAAAUCCUACAUAACUCUGCGAACCUUCCGGGGAUCACUAAAGAGAACGCGUUACAAAUCCUUCAGAACAUGGAUCAUGUCUUGAAUGCACAUCAGAAGGAGAUACGGAAUGGUCAGUCGAAAGAAUUCCGGUUGCUCUCUGUUCUGUUGCCAAUGGUGAAGAACACCAAGGACAAGUUGAUACAAUAUUUGGGUGGGAGGAAUCUGGGGUUCAAUGCGAAACAGGUGAAUUGUAAUACCGAAACCCACACAGAUGACGGGCUAAUCGACUAUGGUCCUGAUAAAGGGUUCGCCGUUCUCAACGACACAAACAAGCUAUCGGCGACAAGUGAGAAUUCUAUAAUAGUACCACUAGGUACCGUUUGUGGAAGUCAACAAGUGUCUCACGUGUUUUUCACGAUUUACCGACACCAGAAACUAUUUUCUGGACCGCAAAAGUAUCGAAGUUAUGGAGGGGAGGAUACAGAGCCAACCAGUCAGAGCCUUAGUAAGCGAGAUAAGCGACACGUGGUUUUAAAUGAAGAUGAUGCGGAUACCAUCUCUCAAAUCCCCGCCCCUUCAAGGUGUACACGUCAGGUGUCUAUACCGCCAGUACCCGUGAUGUCUGCCACUUUGAUGGCUGGUGAUACGGUAGUGAAAACGUUUGCUGCUCAAGAUGAUUCAAGACCAGGUGUUAUUGCAAAACUUCAAUUUAAUACUGGAAAGCAAUGGUCCUUACAAGAGCAAUGUAAAAUGGAGAGCGAUGAAAAUGGGAUAGUCACGGCGUCCUGUGAACACUUGACAGAUUUUACAGUACUGAUUGAUGGACAAAUCGAUGCGGAGUAUGUAUGCAGUUGGCCACUUAUCAUAAUUGGGUACUCUGUCAACGGAGCAUCGAUUGUAUGCUUGCUAGCGCUUAUUCUGAUUGGAUCUUUGGUUUACCUCCGUUACAACAACCUUCAAAAAAUCCUUUCCUACAUCCGAGGGCAAGCGCAAACCUCCGGAGAUAUUGUGAGCCUUGCGUAUCACUGUAUAUUCUUCAUGUUUUUUAUACUGUCCCUGUUUUUUAUGGAUCAAUCGAGUGAUGAUAUCAAUGAGCCGAUUACGACAACGACGUACUGUGUGGUGAUUGCAGCGAUGUCGUAUUUUUCAUUGAUUAGCGCCAUCAUGAUAAGCAUGCUGAUCGGUAUCCGUAUGGUGUGUCACUUCUUCUCCCCGAAACUUCGUGCAUUCUUCGGAGUGAUGACUUCCCCUCCAGCCGCUCUAAGCAUCGGACUAGUCAUUCCAUUCACCCUAACCAUAAUGCUCGCCAUCUUCGACACCCCAUUCUUCGAGAGAAACGACUCAUUCUGCUGGGUCCGUCCGGAUUAUAUAGCAUAUGCUGUGGUGGUCCCCGUGGUGUUGCCAAUUAUCAAUGGAACGAUUUGUUCGAGUUUCGCAAUUUAUAAAAUGUUCUUCCAAGCUAAGAGAGGGCUGGCGAGUAAGGAGGCAUCUCAUUAUGACGCCGAGUUUUGGUCGAAGAUUUUGGGUCUGAUUAUUAUGCAGUUUGCGAUGGGAUUGCCAUGGGGAAUCGAGUUCAUCGUGAUCGGUGUCACUGGCUCCAGCGCUUGGAACUAUGUCUUUGUGAUCUUGUUGGGCACCCAGGGAAUCGACCUCUUUCUGAUAUUUUUGUAUAGAAGACAACGACUAGUGAACGAAUCGAGAAAAUGGAGUGCAAGGGAAGAGAAGAUGGAGAGGAAGAAGUACUCGAAUACGGUUGUAGUGGAAGAAUGA